CUUUUCCUACCAGGAUUAGGUAAAAAAAGACACACAAAUCCUUCCCCUUUUUAUUUUAAUUUUAUAAUUUUAAUCCUUGUUCUUAUAUUGUUUUGGUUUAUAAUUUAUCAUUCCUCGGAAAUUAUUUGUCCUAUUUUAUAGAAAAGGGUGUGUUAAAUUUUUAUUUGCAUCUUAAUUUUCUUGUUUUUCACCGAGUUUUCUUUCCUUUUUGAAUAGAUUUAGAAGGUUCUGGUUCUCACUUGUUUUCCUUUUAUUCACAGAUUCUCCAACAUGUGCCAAUACGAAGUUGAUCCUCUUUUGUCCAAGGCCUCAAUUAUGGCCAAGUACGCCAACCUUGAACCUUUAGAUGGCAAGGUAAUGGCUGAGUAUAUUUGGAUUGAUGGUUUCAAUCACAUCCGCAGCAAAACCAUGACCCUCGACCAAAAGCCAAAAUCUUUGGAAGACUUGCGCGUUUGGAACUUUGAUGGUUCCUCCACUGGUCAAGCCCCCGGUUAUAACUCAGAUACCCUUUUAAAACCCGUUGCUAUGUAUAGAGAUCCCAUUCGCCGCGGUGACAACAUUCUCGUUCUCGCUGCUUGUUAUACCGCCGACGGCUCUGCUAACCACUUCAACCACCGUGAUGGUUGCGUCAAGCUUAUGGAAAAGCAUGCCAGCCAAGAUAUUUGGUUUGGUAUUGAACAAGAAUACACAAUGUUAGACUAUUAUGACCGCCCAUUUGGCUGGCCUAAGGGUGGCUUCCCAGGACCUCAAGGUCCCUUCUAUUGUGGUGUCGGUACCGGCAAUGUUUUUGCUCGUGACAUCGUCGAGGCCCACUACAAGGCCUGUCUUUAUGCCGGCAUCAACAUUUCUGGUGUCAAUGCCGAGGUCAUGCCUUCUCAAUGGGAAUACCAAGUUGGUCCAUGCCGUGGUAUUCAAAUGGGUGACGAACUCUGGAUGUCUCGUUUCCUCCUCCACCGUAUCGCCGAAGAUUUUGGUGUCAAGAUCUCUUUCCAUCCCAAGCCUAUUUUGGGUGACUGGAAUGGUGCUGGCUGCCACACUAAUGUUUCCACCAAGGAUAGUCGUGCCGAAGGUGGCAUGAAGGCCAUUGAGCAGUAUCUUGAAAAAUUCGCAAAGCGUCACAUGGAUCACAUUAAAGUUUAUGGUGAUGAUAAUGAUUUGCGUCUUACCGGUAAGCAUGAAACCGGUACUAUAGAACAAUUCAACUAUGGUAUUGCUGACCGUGGUGCCUCUGUCCGUAUUCCUCGUUCUGUUGCUAUGAAAGGUUGUGGGUACUUUGAGGAUCGUCGUCCUGCUUCCUCUAUCGACCCUUAUCUUGUCACUGGUAUUAUUACUGAAACCAUGUUUGAAUUUUAAACAGGCGAAUGCUCCUUUUUUUGCGUGCUGGUCACGUUGACAGCCUAUAUCCUGUCAAAUUUCACCCGAUGCGCUUUCUUUUUUGCUUCCAUGUAGAAACGUAUAUAUUUCCAUACAUACUUACAUACAUACAUACGUAUACAUAUAUUCCUUGUUCCUUUUUUGUCUUUUCCUUUUAAUUUUCAAUGUCAU